AUGUAUGAGGCGAACUUGGCGCAGUUCAGCCAAGGUCUUCUAAGUCUUGGGUGCGGGCGUCAGAACCGGUUGAAAGUGGCAUCCUGGGACGCCAUCUGUACAUCGCUUGAGAAGAUCUUCGUGAGCCCGUGGCACUCCCAAACAUCGAAACACCCCCUGACCUUGGUCGCGACCAGGGGCGCCGCACUAGGCCCCCGUCUGAUCGCCAUCCUAAAACACCAGCCCAUAGCUGACAUUGGCGUUUGA